GAUGAACUUUUCCGGGUUCUGUCAUCUUACAAACUAAUAGCGCCCAGAUAUCGAUGGCGUAGAAGCAGGUGGGGGCAAGCAUGUCCUGUGGCUCUAAAGGAAGGUGAUAUUGUAAUGGGAAACCCAGACUUGGCUGUCAGUUUUCUAGGUAAAAUGUACGUACUGUCAUCCCCAGAGGCACUGAAAACAUUUAUGUUAAAUCCACGGCCUUACCUAUUACCACCCAUGCCACUUCCUCCUUGUAAAGUACUAGUAUUUGGUCCUCCAUUUUCUGGAAGAACAACUAUUUGUAACCUAAUUGCACACAAAUAUAAAGGAAAGGUUCUUGAUAUGGCCAAACUCAUUCAACCCCAUAUGGAAGAACUGAGAGAAGAAAACAUUGAGCAAGUGCGAAUGGAUACAGUGGAAAAGGCUAUAACGGCAGUGAAAAAUAGGUUGGAAUUAGAAAAACGGUCAAGAGAAUCAGGAGACCUGCAAGAACAUAGUAGUGUCAAAGAAGCAGGUGACUCUGAGGAACCCACUAAAACCAGAGAUGGAAUAAACUUGGAAGAGGGGACUACUAUAAAAUCUGCCAUCAUCCAAAAAAGAAUGUCAGAGGUAACUGCUGACCACCCAGAAGUUCAAGCGAUGGUAGAAGAAGCCAUAAAAAGUGCGUCAGUCUCUGAAGUUAUACUGUCACCUGAAAUAUAUGCUGAAGUACUGGAGAGAGCUAUUGCAGAGCUUAUGAUGAAGAACAAAGACAGGUUUCCUGGUGCUCCACAAAAAGGAGGAUGGGUGGUGGAUAACUACCCUCUGUCAGUAGAUCACUGGUCAGCUUUAUCAGAAAAAGGACUUUUGCCUGACACUGUUGUCUGUCUGAAGAAUACAGAACAAGAUGGAGUCUGUAUACUACGCAGAACAUACUCAGCAAAUAGGGAUGAAAUUAAUUCUAAGAUUUUGAAAAGACUAACAGAUGAAGCAUUAGAAAAGAAAGAAGAAGAAGUAAGAAGAGAAAUGCAAGAAAUGCUGACAUCAGAGGAAGAUCAAUCUCGAGAGGCUGCUGAGGACAAAGAAUUUGGGGACAAUGAUGAGCAGCUUCCACCUGAAACUGAACAAAUGCCCCAGAAACAGUCCAGUGACUCUGCAGGUUAUAAAGAAGAAUCUACAGAAAUCAUGCUACCUGAGUUCGCAGAGGAUGAUUUUCCAGAUAUACCAGAAAUGGAAAUAAUCAAAAGGAAGAUUGACCUUUUCAUGUAUGACUGGCAAACAGUGGAGUCAGAAAUCAAGCAGUCAUCUCUAGUUCAGGUUGUUGUUUUAGAGAUUGCUGAGCAAACUCCAGAAAGUCUGCUUAAUCAAACUGUGCUGGUUAUGGAAAAACCUUUUAAAUAUCAUGGUUGGGAAUUAUCUGCUGAAGACUUAGAUGAGGAAGCAGAAGAUCUGGCUGCUGAAGGGGAAGAUGAAGAAGAAUUUGAAGAAGAGGAAAAUGAAGAUGAAGCUCCUCCAUUACGGGUGUGCUUACUUGGGACUCAUGGAGCAGGUAAAACUACUUGUGCACGACAGAUAGCAGACAAAUUAGGCAUUUUCCAUAUUCAGUUUGAGGAAUAUCUACAGGAAUUGAUCUUACCCAAAACUAAAGAGAAAGUUGGGCCCCAUUUUGGUGAAGAACCUGAAGAAGAUGACAGUAAAAUGCCAAUUCUAUCGCAGAAACUGGAAGACUUCUCUCAGACCAUGACUAAAACCGAGACUGAAAAAAGCAAACAGGAAGUGGAGUUAACUGAUGAGGAAGAAGCAAUCAAAGCAAAUCUAAUGGAUAAUGAGGCUCUGCCUCCAGAAGUCCUUGAUAACAUUGUUCUUGACUGGUGGAGGAAAGAGCCAUUCCGGUCCACAGGAUUUAUACUGGAUGGUUUCCCUCGUACUUUAGAUGAAGCCCAGUAUUUGUCAGAACGAGGACUCUGUCCUGAUGUUGUGGUUUAUAUUCAAGUAGAAGAAAGUGACGUUCUUAACCGUCUUUUUCCUCCACGUCUGAAAAUAUGGAAAGAAAGACAGUAUAAAAAAAUGGAAAAUAAAAAGAAACUGAAAGACCUGAAAGCAAAAAUAAGGGAUGAGAGGAUUGCUAGAAGAAGGGAAGAGCUUUUAGCAGAACGAAAACAAAAGAAACAGGAGGCUUUAGCAAAUAAGGAGCAUUAUGAAGCCACUGAGGAGGAAGAUGAGAAUGAAAAUGAAGCUGUUGAAGCUAUACUUGAAGAAGAGUUUUUAGAAGAAGAAGAAGAAGAGGCUGAAGGAGAACAGGAGAUUGAUGCUGUUGAGCGCAUACAAAAUGAAAUUGCAGAAAAGUUUGGUUCAGAAAUAGACAGUUUACAAGGUGUACAGGAAGAACUUGAAAAAUUGUUAAUACCACAAAUAGAGAUCCAUGGAGGACGGAAGCCUCACAUCGUAUGCUACCAAAUAUAUAGCAAGCUGAAUUCUCUAAUGGAAAAUCGUGGAAGCAUUUUUGAAAAAUGUUACCCAAUAAGUUUGGCACUUGCACAUAAGAUGCUAGUUUUCUCAUAUAAAUUUCAAAGUUCUUUUGGUCAGUGGGAUCCUGUCAAGCUAAGUGAAGGAGAUGUAAUCAAGCCACAACAAAGCCGUGAAAACACAGUCUUUCCUGUAAUCCAUCGACAAUAUAUUUAUUUCUUUUCAAGUAAAGAAAAUAAAGAAAAAUUUAUGAAAAAUCCCAUCAAAUAUAUUCGUCAGCCAAAACCUAAACCAGCUGUGGCAGUUAAGAUAGCAAUCGUGGGACCUCCAAAAUCUGGAAAGACCACAGUUGCCAAGAAAUUUGCCAGUGUAUAUGGGUUACUGCGCCUGAGUAUGGGAGCUGCCAUACGGCUAGUGUUAGAUAAUCAGCCAGAGAGUGAGUUGGCUCUUACGUUGAAGCGGCAUCUUCACAAAGGACGGACCGUACCUGAUGGAUUGGCCAUCCAGGCUCUAGAUGUGGCUCUGAUGCAUCCUGUGUGUCAUACCACCGGAGUUGUAAUUGACGGAUAUCCUGUAACAAGAAAACAAGUAAACCUCUUGGAAUCAGCUAGGAUAAUUCCAGUGAAAAUCUUUGAAUUGGAAAUCGACGCAAAGGAAGUGUUCAGAAGAGCACUGCUGGACAAGGAAAACAUGAAUAGACCUCCCUACCCUGAACAUGACAGCUCACAGAUUCUAGCUAUUAAAAAUUCCUGCUACAAACAGCACAUUGAUGCAAUUAGAACUUACUAUACGAAGGAGCAUCAGAACUGGUGUGUGAUUGAUGGCUCUCAGAGCAAGUGGUGGAUCUGGAACAAAGUACUGCAGGAAGUUCAAGUGGUUGUUAAAGAAAUCCAGAUAUACCUGGAAAGAAUAAGAGAAGGAAAAGCAGCCGGCAUUGCUGAUUUAUGUAUCACUCCCGAAGAGCUGCAGUAUCGGCUGGGGGAGUUCGGACAGCAUUGUCCCGUCAGCCUUGCAGAAAAGGGAGAAUGGGUUGACUGCUCUGUAACGCCGUCAUUGCAGUUCGCUGCAGAGUUUCGAGGACACUAUUACAAAAUGGCUUCACAGGAAGAACUGGAUAAAUUCUUGAGCAGACCAGAGGUUUAUGUGCCACCACUGGCACCUCACCCUCUCCCACCACCAGAUAUGCUACCAAGGAAACUGACUGGGGCAGAAGUGAACGCCUUAUUCCCUCUAAGUGCUGAAAUGCAGGGAUACUGUCCAGUCACUUACCUAGAUGGAAAACUGAGAUACGAAGCUUUAGUGCCUGGCAACAUCGAGUAUGCAGCAAAAUACCGAGAAAAGGUAUAUAUUUUUGAAAGUGAAGAAAAACUUCUGAAGUUUAUGAGGUUACCAGAAAAAUACUGGAAUCUGAAGCUUCCACGUAAGCUCCCUCCAAUAAAGGAGCCAAUACUGCUCACUGCGCUUCCUUUGGCUGGAUACCUCGAACAGGGAGUAGCAACUUCUCUGAUAAAAGCUCUGAAUGAAGUAGGCUGCUUAAAGCCAAAGUUCCCAUUCCUCAGUGUAAAAAAAACUGCUCUGCUGUUUGUCGCCUGCCAUUUAAAAGCCCACAACCCCCGGAGCUCGGGCCCGGCGCGGCAGGCGUACCGGCG